AUGACGGCGAGUCAAUCAGCGCAGAUGAACCGAUCCACCCCCUUGAACCUGUCGCAAGUAACGUCUCCGGUGGAUCCUAACUACGGAGAGGAUGGAGAAGUCCCCACUAAAGGAAAAAGAAAGAUAUCCAGUUCCGACAAGCGGGAGAACUCCCAGCGACUGAAGACAAUCAGAGCCUGCGACAUCUGCAAAGAGAAAAAGACUCGCUGUAGCGGGACUCGUCCCUGUGCGCGUUGCCAACGACUGUCGUUGGUGUGUGAAUACGAAACCACCUACUCCAGGGGGCUUGGUCCGCCGCCGCUGCCGCCGCCACCACCGCUUGAACUGACCCUCAAUAAUCUGCCAGACGAGCAGCAGUUUCUCAAACAAGAUGUGAGCUUCCCAACAUCAAUCCAAAAGCCUGCGCAGAUUGAGGCUACUAGUUUUGCUCCCACCAGUGCCAAUCUCUUGGCGGCGGACUUCCAAGGAGGCUACCUUGAUCUAGCUUCAGGCAGCUCGUUUAUCAACCGGGUAUGUCAGAACCUCAACCAAGAGAAAAUACCGUCCACCGCCUCGAAUAUCUCAGAGGGGCUCAGUGGCGAUGUCUCAGAUAGCCCACCUGUCACUAAGUUUGGGGAUAAGCCGUAUUCAAACCUCUACACGACUGAUUUUAGCCUCCCUCCGUUGGAGAGAGCACUAGAGAUGGUUGCCACUUACUUUGAAUAUGCCGUUGUGACCUACCGGUUCUUGCAUCGUGGCCAUGUCGAGCAAUGGCUGCGUCAGAUCUACCAGAGCAACUUUUCCGCAACAAACCUACCCACAGAUAUGAUGGUGGGCCGGUGUUGUAUUGUGUACAGCGUUCUGGCUAUUGGUACACUUUAUGAAAGGAGGGCUCCCGAGUCCGGUGUGAAUUAUGAUGAGCAGAGCGAACGCUGGUUUGCCCUCUCCAAGCUGAUGUCGUCGAUUGAGUCGGGUGCACCACAGCUCGAGACAGUACAAGCGAGACUAAACCGAAGUCUCUAUCUACUGGCGUCGUCCCGGGCCAGUGAAUGCUGGUUCGCAUUUGGAAUGACCGUUCAAUUCUUAACCGUUCUGAAUAUACAUCGUAAAUGGCCCUCCACUAUGGUGCAGGAGGGCAAGGGCACAUACCUGGAGCAAGAGCUUCGGAAGAGAAUCUUUUGGAGCGCGUACACAUUAGACAAGUACCUGAGCGUGAUGUUCGGCCGGCCAAGGUUGCUGCAUGAUGAAGAUUUUGAUCAAGAACUUCCUGACGAGGUAUCGGAUCAAGACUUGUUGAUUAAUGACCCGAACUUGCGAUCUGGCGUACCCGAUGAUAUGAUGAUUGCAUCUGUACUACAUAACCGGCUUUCACGGAUACUCGGGGAGGCUUCGCGUAAAUUAUACACGCUCAGUCCACCUUCAGGAUCACCAUUUGAGGCAGUUAUCCUGUUGACCCUUGAGCUAGAUCGUUGGAAGGAGGCCGCGGCGCCAUUGAUGGAUCGCUGGCGAUCUCAGAUUCAUCAGCUCGCCUAUUCUCACGCAAUCAUCUAUACCACGCGCUUCUUUCUCUUGGACGACAUCAAAGAUAUCCCUCCGUCGAGCAUCGCCACCUAUGUUAACAAAUGCAUCACGGCCGCCGAGGAAAUCAUGACAAUUAUCAAUGAUCUUGCCAGCCAAAAGGCCCUUAUCCAUGGCUUCUGGUUUACCCAUUACGUGUGCUUCUCUGCCAUCACUGUCGCUUAUAUCCACAUCGUUAAACAGCAUCAAGCGUCAUCGGGCGAUCCUUCGAGGAAGAAAGUGGACAACAGCAUUCAGCUGCAAUAUCUUUUCAGCCUCGCGGAGACCUGUCAACAGCACUUGAGCAAAGCCACCUCACAGAGUAGUCCUAGCCGUCGCUAUGGAAUUAUUCUGGAGCAGUUGCGUUUAGAGGUCCACAGACAAGUCGUGUGUAAUCUCCGACCGGGAGUGCAAGUCGAGCCAGGUGAUAGCCUGAAGAGCCUCAAGGCGGACAACUUUCUUCCGCCUAGCUUCCAUACUGCCCCUGUCACUUCUGUCCCUGCUGUCCCCCCGAAGCCAGGGGUCAUGGCAUUCGACCCACUGCCCACCGACAUUUUUGGUCCCCACAAUGCGGACGACUCUUUCAAAAUAUAUGACAACUUUGGCUUCCCAGACAGUUCUGAUACUUCGGCCUGGUGGUCGCAAAUCGAUUCUUGGGCGUAUACGGAUAUCUCAGAGGAUCCGUCGAUCUUCCGCUUUUGA